AUGGAACCAUCCACAGCUGCUUCCCGCGGCCCAUCUUCUGUGACUUCGUCGCGCCGCUCGAGACGCCAUCGGUUUGCCAGCCGCUCGCACGCCGGCGGCUCGUCUCACCAGCAGCUUAACGAGUUCCCUGUCUUCUCGACCACCGGUGAUGUGGAGAUCGUUAUUCGUGCUGCAGAUCAGGAGCGUCGAUAUCUGCUGCACCGGCUGAUACUGGCGCAGAACUCGGGCUUUUUUGAAGCUUCAACCAGCGACGAGUGGUCGAGCGCCCAAGCACAACGGGAGAUAAACGCGGCUCUCACUACCGGUACCUCGAAUUGGUCUGCAGGAGAUGUUUUGAGUCACACGGGUCUCGAGGUUACGCACGAGUGUGAUGAGGAGGAUGACGAUAACGGUGCAACCAGAACCAGUACGGAGCCAAGGCGAACGUUGACACAUCGAACUGGUAUUCCACCAGCAAAGACCAAAUGGAGGUACGAGUUGGAUUGGGAGAAUAGGGAAGGGGAUGAAGUGCCCAUCCUCGUGCAAAAGCCGCCGAGUAGUAGCAAGUCGGUGUUUGGGCCAACGCCGCAGCAGAUUCACCCACCGUUACCAACCCGAAGCAAACCUGUGCCUCCCCAGCAAGGCUUCUUUCGAUCGAUGGCCAACCUGACCGGAAUCCAGUCCGCUCUUCACUUGCCCCUCGCAACGCAUUCAGAGGAGAGCCUACCCGUUGAUCCUACUAUUCGUGACUACGACAACCUCUUCCGGAUAUUCUACAACUACGCGCCACAGUUAAAUCCGCACAAUAUCACCAUCGCGUACUCUCAGUGUAAAUCACUAAUUGCGCUGGCUGAUAUGUACGACGCCCUGACCGUUACCGGCCCCCGAGUGGACUACCACUUACUGCGCUUCUCCUCGUCCCUUUACAAGCAUAUUGCGAAAUUUCCCGCAAGCUACAUCAAACUUGGCUAUCAGGCUCGCAGCCGUGUUAUUUUUACAGAGGCUCUUAUUCAUAUCGUGGGCGACUGGCCAGUUUCUCAGCCGUUGGUUGGCCGGGACCACAAAUCACCGCUUCCUGAAGCAGUACUAGAUCUGAUAGAAGAUAAAGUGGAAGACCUCAAGGACGAAAUCAGACGCGCGGAAUCAAAGCUUUUCCGUUUAACUUUGACCACCUCACGCGGUGAACGGGUUACCCCCUUUAACGGCUAUUUAGACUGGCUCGCUGUAUCCCUAUUCCGACAGUGGCUGGUUGACAAUACCACCCCACCUCCGCCUACUAUAUUGAAAUUUCCAGCUCCUCCAACUUCAUCUCAGCGUGAUGGUAGAACCGCUAAUCCCUCAGCACCCGCGCGCAACGUGUCCACGGCUGGUGGAAGCAACAGCAGUGGCAGCCGACAACAUAACCCAUCGAACUCAACCUCUUCACGUCGAGUAGCUAGUAAUACAUCCGCUACCCGUCCUUCUACCAGCCGCCCUUCUACCGCUCGCCCUUCGACUGGGAAUUCGGCAGCCAAUAGGAACGAUGCCGAUACCAAUACCAAACCACAAGCCCCCUUCUGUAUUGGCCGAACAUACAGACUCAUCGGGUCUUCCAACCUACAGGCAUAUCUAAACCACGAUGAAAUCAAACGCUUCCUCAAACUGCAUCCAACGUCCUACUCUCGCGAAAAUCUCAAGCGAUUAGAAGGGAAAAUAGAUGAACUGAAACGCCUUGCAAGGGAAAUCGUCAAGCCACUAAUGCGCAACUUUCUCGAGCUGGACUUGAAAAGCUCUAGCGGCGAUGGCGAUACUUCGGCCCCUUGGCCAGGAGUGACUUAUUUGACUUGUACCAGAAUCGAGGAAGCCGAUCUUCCUUGGUAUUAA